AUGCCAACUAUAUCUAGGAUUCAUACAUUUGAACGUAGGCUUAUUAUAAUAAAAAAAUGGGAUAAGAAUGUCAAUUUAUCGAAGGAAGUUUUAGACUUGGUUCUGGUUUGGCUUCGCAUACAUAAUCUUCCUAUUCAUUGUCAUAAUGGUGAUUCGGUGUCCAAGGUCUAUUUUAACUUCUCAAAACUGAUUUACCUGGAUGAUCUUGAACUACAUCAAGACAAGGGUGAUUUUGUACGGGUCAUGGUUGAAGUGGAGAUCAAAGAGGAGUUACCGGAAUCUAUGGUGGUAGAUAUUCAUGGUUUCAACUAUGAUAUCGACUUAGAAUAUGAAUGGAAACCAACACUUUGUGAUCUUUGCCAAAAAAUUGAUCAUUUGGCAUAUAGAUGUCCAUUAAAAGUUUUACAAGCGAAACCUAAGAAAGGUGUGGAUAAAUGGGUGGUGAAGAACAAAGGUAAGACCAUUACAGUUGAUGAAGUAUUUGAGGAAAUGCCAAUAAGAACACAGGUCUUUGUGGUUCAUGUACCUGCUCAGGAAAUGAUUCAGGUAUCAAAUACAUUUGCUGCGUUAGAAGAGAAGGAAGAUAGGGCUAUUGAGGAACCUACUGUCGAGGAUUGUCCAACUGGUGUACAAGUGAUGAAUCUUGUGGGGGUGCAACUAAAUGGUUUAGUAACUGAAGAAAUUUUACUUUAG